UCCUACUGCUACUACUAAAAAUCCGGCGAAGUAGCUACGUCCAAGCAAGCAACCAUGAGCUUCUCUUCCAUGAGCAAGCAGCAGGCGCUGUGCGCCGGCGGCGAGGAGGACGCGCGAGGCGAGGACGAGGUGAUGGAGCUCAUCCCGGGCCUGCCGGAGGAGGUGGCGGAGAAGUGCCUCCUCCACCUGCCCUUCCUCUACCACCGCCUCUUCCGCACCGUCUCCUCCAACUGGAACCGCUUCCUCACCGCCGACACGCCGGCCGCCAAGCCGAGCUCGACCCCGCCUCCAACGACGAUGUCGCUGUCCCUGCCGUUCCUCUUCGCGUUCGCGUUCGACCCGGUCUCGCGCCGGCUCCAGUGCCAGGCGCUGGACCCGUUCUCGCGCCGGUGGCUGCUGCUGCCGCCCGUCCCUGUCCCCUGCGGCGGCGGGGGCGUCGCCGCCGGGUCCUUCGCCGUCGUGGCGCUCCCGGCCCGCGGCGAGAUCUACGUGAUCGGGGGUGUCGAGGAGGACGGCGGCGAGAAGCCUGUGCGGAGCGUGGCGGUGUACAGCGCGGCGACCAACGGGUGGGGGUUGGCAACGCCGAUGCGGACCGCGCGCGGGUACAUGUCCGCGGGCGAGGUGGGCGGGCGCGUGGUGGUCGCCGGCGAGGACGGCGACGCGGAGGUGCUGGACCCGGAGUCGGGGACGUGGACCCCCGCCGCGGUCCGCGCCGGGGCGGCAGUCGCGCGGUACGACUCCGCGGCGUGCGGCGGGCGGCUGUACGUGACGGAGGGCUGGGCGUGGCCGUUCGAGCGCGCGCCCCGCGGGGCGGUCUACGAGGCGGCGACGGACUCGUGGGCGGAGAUGGCCCGCGGGAUGCGGGAGGGGUGGACGGGCUCCUGCGCCGUCAGCGGCGGCCGGAUGUAUAUCGUGGCCGAGUACGGCGAGUGGCGGGUGAAGCGGUACGACUGCGCGCGGGACGAGUGGCGGAUGGUGGGCGGCGGCGGGGUGCCGGCCGAGGUGCGCCGGCCGCACGCCGUCGCCGGGGAGGUCGGCGAGGUUGGUGGGGGCAGGCGGAGGAUUUACGUGGUGGGGGCCGGGCUAGACGUCGCCGUCGGGACCGUCUCGGCCGUCCACGGCGCGGAGGAGGAGGAGGAGGAGCGGGUGGAGUGGGAGGUGGUCAAGGGCCCAGCGGAGUUCGUCGGGCUCGCGCCCUGCAACGCGCAGGUCCUGUACGCCUGAGCUCUCGCCGGCGGCGGCACCGAAUCCUGGCCGGCCCCGCACGUCGGUGGCGCGUCGAUCGCCUGCGCACGUGGACCCGGCUGUCAUAACGCCACCCUGCUGCCGCUGCUCACCGCUGACGCAGACUAGCUAGCUAGCUGAGGCGAGCGCACGGGCGCAGAGGGUUGUGCCAGAGAGCAGAUC